CCAAUCCGCAUAUAAAUGCCUCGGCCCUCCCCCGGCUACUCCCGAGCUCAUCUUCCGCUGUAAUCCCCAAUCAAUCAACGCCAAAAAAAAAAACAAAAAAAAAAAAAAAAAAAGAAAAAGAAAAGGAAGAGGGGGGGGGGCUCGAACGAUUCGUCAAACGGAGAGAUGACGGCGGCGAUGGCGGCGGCGGCGGCGUCAAUUGACGGCGUUCGGAGGGUGGUGGCGGAGAGCCCGGUGGUGGUGGUGGGCCGGCGGGGCUGCUGCCUGGGCCACGUGGUGAAGCGCCUGCUGCAGGGCCUGGGCGUCAAUCCGACAGUCUGCGAGCUCGCCGACGGAGCCGCGGCCGCUGGCGCAAGCUGCGGCGGUACCGCCGUCGACGACGCCGCAAUUCUCGUCGGCGGGCUCGAGCGGCUCAUGGCCGUGCACAUCUCCGGUGAGCUCGUCCCGAUCUUGAAGGAGGCAGGGGCUCUGUGGCUCUGAUUGCUUGAUGCGGCUCGGAAUCGAUUUGCGGCCGUUUGAUUAAACGCUGGGACGGUACUGAUCAUAGAUAGUUUUCAUUUUUUUUUUAUUUUUUUUAUUUUUUUUGUUUUUGUUUUUGUUUUUUUUUUUUUUUGGGUUCAAGAGUAAUGGGUUGCCACGCACUGUUUGUAAAUUCGUUGCUCCGUAUAAAUGAAAUAUUUGAAUUUCCUAAUUUA